GACGGAGAGGCUGCUGAGCACCAUGGUCGGCUGAGCAGCCCCCGUGCUUAGUCCUAAGCGCUGGGCGGGCCUGGUUUAAUCCCGUCGAGCACUCUUGCGCUAAGUACCAUUGUCCCCCUUUGUAGACAGGGGUACCAGUGAGAACCACCAUCAUAAUAGGGACCCCUUGUAUUGAGUUCUUUCCAAGGCCAGAAACCCUCACUUGCCAAUUCUUUUUUUUUUUUUUUUAACUUGUUAAUUCUUGAUGUAGGCUUCAAUGUCCCAUUUUUCAGAUGAGGAAACUGAGGCCAAGGCCACACAAAGUGAGCAGCAGAGGCAGAAAUAACAUCUUCAUUUUCCUCACCCCAAAGCAUGUUCUUAGAGUUGUGGGAGCCUCCCCAGGCCUCCUUGCCAUUCCCUUGGGCCCUGCCCUCUCCCUGGCAGUGUUCCUGCCCCACCUGGGCAGGCUGUUCUGGGGCUCAUGAGCCUGGUCUCGAACUACAGGCGCUGCACUGGCACAGCGGCAGCAUGGGUGACGUGGAGCAGCACGAGGGCACCAUCCAGGUACAGGGCCAGAGCCUCUUUUUCCGGGAGGUUCGGCCCGGCAGUGGGCAGGCCGCCCGGUUCUCGGUACUGCUGCUGCACGGGAUCCGCUUCUCCUCCGAGACCUGGCAGAAUCUGGGCACGCUGCUCAGGCUGGCCCAGGCUGGCUACCGGGCUGUGGCCAUCGACCUGCCAGGCCUGGGGCGCUCCAAGGAAGCAACAGCCCCUGCCUCUGUUGGGGAGCUGGUCCCCAGCAGCUUCCUGGCAGCUGUGGUGGAUGCCUUGGACCUGGGCCCCCCCGUUGUGAUCAGCCCAUCUCUGAGUGGCAUGUACUCCCUGCCCUUCCUCACGGCCCCUGGCUCCCAGCUCCGGGGCUAUGUGCCAGUGGCCCCCAUCUGCACUGACAAAAUCAAUGCUGCCGACUAUGCCAGCGUGAAGACCUCAGCUCUUAUUGUCUAUGGCGACCAGGACGCCAUGGGUCAGACCAGCUUUGAGCACCUGAAGCAGCUGCCCAACCACCGGGUGUUGGUCCUGAAGGGGGCGGGGCACCCUUGUUACCUGGACAAACCCGAGGAGUGGCAUACAGGGCUGCUGGAUUUCCUGCAGGGGCUAGCAUGAGGCCCAGCCCUACUGCUUGCCUUUCUGGGGCUCUCACUCUCCAUGCACAUGCAACAGGGGUGUGUGUGUGUGUGUGUGUGUGUGUCUGGGUGCUUGUCUUUCGGGGUCUGUCUUUUCUUCUUUCUCUUGCAGUGACACACAGAGGAGAUGAAAUCAAGAGAAAAAAAAAUCAGGAAUCAAAGAACAUGACCUGGUGGAGGGUAACCUGUUAGAUGAGCUUCUGCUAUAGGCUUUCCCGCUCAGCUCCCACGCCUUGCUCUGCUCUGCCCAGCCCACCCCUCCUACCUCCUACAUCCACCCCAGCUGCCCCCGAAGGGCACUCACAGCCCCCAUCCUGCCUCUUAGGCCACAGAUACAUACGUGGCCAUAUGCACACUUACACAGGUUCCCAAAUAUGACCCAGCCGCAUAGGUACAUGCCCCCGACGGACAUGCACACUCAGGUGCAGCUUUGCAUUGUGUGCACAGACACUCAUGCAUGUUUGUGCUUCUACACAACACUCGCAUAGGCGCCUGUGCCCUCCCACCUUGGGAAGGUGGGGGCCCCAGGGACCAGUGCUAGCAGGGGAUCCUCUGCCAGGCUUAGGGUGUGGCCUGCCCUGAACUCCACUCACCCCUAGGUCGCAGCUGACUCCAGAUCAGAAUUGCCCCCCCAAAGGACAGGACCACCCUUUUGACCCUCAGAUAUCCCUGCUUUCCCCCCUUCUAGGUGCUCCACACCUUCCCAGGUUAUUAGGCCUGUGCCUUCUGAGCCAAGCUGCUUUCCUGCUCCGAGGCUGGGGGGCUGGGGAAGAGAGUGGAAAUCGGUGAAAUAAAGUGAAGCAGUUAGACCCCU